AUGUCGUUUUUGGACGUAUUUUCAACGUUAAAAAACGACCUCAUCACGUCAUUAUUUUUGCACCAACCUCAUAUCUAUCUAUCUAUCUAUCUAUCUAUCUAUCUAUCUAUCUAUCUAUCAAAAUAUAUUCAAUAUCUAUCUAUCUAUCUAUCUAUCUAUCUAUCUAUCUAUCAUAAUAUAUUCAAUAUCUAUCUAUCUAUCUAUCUAUCUAUCUAUCUAUCUAUCUAUCUAUCUAUCUAUCUAUCUAUCUAUCUAUCUAUCUGUCAGUCUACAAACACCUACUUAACAAUUAAUGAAGUAGCCUUCGAUUCGCGACUUUUAAGUUGCGUCCAAGUACCCCCUCCCCAAAAAAGAAAACGAAAUGUCAUUCAAAUGUUGAUCACCGUAUCAAAGCUGGCUAUUCAUUUUCGAACGCUCUCAGCAACACGAUCUUUGCUUGAAAAACAAACUGCAAUACCUACUCUGAUUGCAUCUAUAUAUGACCUGCUUUCUUGUUCAGCCUGUUGCAUCGUUCAUACAUUUAUGCACUUAUUUCCUUUCUCACAAACCCGCGUUUUUUUUAUACCUUCAUUUCCUAUCACUCAUUGUUUUUUUUUCCAAUACACACUCUCUCUACAUUCUCUUUCUGUCUUUCUUUCCACCACUCACUAUUUUACUCACUCUAUCUCUUCUACUAUUCUCUCUUGCUCAUUUUCUCAUUCUUUCUUUUCACCGAUUUCUUACUCUAUUUCUCUCUACCCCUCUUUAUCUCCCUGUAUCUUUUAUCACUUUUACUCUUUCUGUCUUACUUUCCCUUACUCUCUCUUUUCACUUUUUCACUGUCUUUCUUUCCAAGAUUCCUUUUACCUUACUCUCUCUCUUUCUUUCAAUCAUUCACUCUUUCUCACUCUUUCUCUCUUUCUUUCUUUCUUUUCAGUACUGUUUUUUCUAAUUCUUUCACUGUAUUUUCCCAUUUUUUCUCUCUCACUUUUCUUUUCUUUCUCUUCACCUAUAUAUAUAUCUGUGCCUUUCUUUGUACAUCUCUUCUGUCUGUUUCUUUCUUUCUUUCUUUCUUUCUUUCUUUCUUUCUUUCUUUCUUUCUUUCUUUCUUUUUUCUUUCUUUCUUUAUUUUUUCUUUCUUUCUUUCACUCUUGUUCGGUCUUUCUUUCCACCACUCACUUUUUCACUAUGUCUGCCUGUCCUUUCACCACUCUCUUUAUCGCUCAUGCACUCACACUUCUCUCCAUUUCCCUUUCUCGCAUACCUAUCUAG